GUAUUGAAGUAAAGACUUAAAAAUAAUUUUUUUUUUAAGUGGCGGGCCGUCUUACCAAAGAUGUGAUGGUGUGUGUGGUUGUUUUCGUUUUUCAACGAUGGACGUUACCAAAAGCAAUUUUCAGACGGUAUUGGAAGCGCUUGACGAUGAAUUGAAAAAUGCAUCCUUUGUAUCCAUCGACACGGAAUUCACAGGACUAAGUUCCACGGAAGGAAGAAACAGUAAACUCUCUUCUUUGGACACACCUCCAGAAAGAUACAAGAAGGUUCUAAAUGGCACAUCACAGUUUGUCAUUAUCCAGUUUGGCCUGAGCAUAUUUAGGUUUGAUAAUAGUAUCUCUAAGUAUGUAAAUAAAACAUACAAUUUUUACAUAUUCCCUAACACUUCAACAUUGCCUGGGCUAUGUGACACUAAGUUUUUGUCUCAAGCUUCCUCUCUGGGCUUUCUUGCAUCUCAGGGGUUUGAUUUCAACAAACUCAUUAAAGAAGGAAUCCCCUACCUUAACUUGGUGGAUGAAGAAAAACUAAAGGUGAUUUUAGAAAAAAAGAGCAAAUUAUUACAUCUUCGUUCGGAUGCAUCUUCGACCCAAGUAUCUGAACUUCCCGCUGAUCAAAAAGGAUUCCUUAACAAUAUUACUUCGAAGGUUGAAACAUUCUUACAGAAUGAAGAAAACGAAGAAAAGAGCAAUGCCGCUCUAGAGCUUCAUUGCAGUACGAUUCAAAAUGAACUUAUUUUCUCCCAUGUAAAAUAUAGAUACCCAAAGCUAUUGUUUGAGAUUUCAAAAAAAACCAGCAGUGGCUGCACAGUCAUUGUUAAAAAAACUGGCAUUCAAAACUCGAAGACGGAGCCUUCAGGAACAGACAACAACGUAUCCGAAAUGGAAAAAUUCGAAGAUAACGUCGGUUUUAGUAGAGUUAUCCGCAAAAUCACCGAUUCGGGUAAACUUGUUGUUGGACAUAACAUGUUACUCGAUUUGUGUCAUAUUCUGGGUCAAUUUUGUGCGCCGUUACCUGAAGAUUAUCAUGACUUCAAAGGUAUGGUUAACACUUUUUUUCCAAGAUUCAUCGACACUAAGGUCAUGGCUACAACCAAGCCAUUUCGCGAUAUUCUGCAAAACUCGGCCCUUGAGCGAUUGCUAAGCAGUUUACUCGCAGCUCCCUUUCGAAGCAUUGAAAUUGUUCCUGCUACCGGUUUCCCUUCCUACACGGACAACUUUAAGAACCAUGAGGCUGGUUAUGAUGCAUUUAUAACAGGCCGUUGUUUCCUUGCCAUGGCCAACUAUUUAGAAGAUAUUAGCUCAAGCCAGUCAAAAACAACUGCUGUUCAUGAAUCAUCAUUCAUCACCCCGUUUUAUCAAAAGAUCUUUAUGAUGAUGGUUCCUGAUAUUCCUUACAUGACCAUCUCCGGCCCCGAUUUGGAACCAUCACGUGAACAUGUUUUCCAUGUUACUUUUCCAAGUGAAUGGAAACUUCAAGACAUCUUUCAUUUAUUUUCAGUUCAUGGUACGGUAAGGGUCGACUGGACAGGAGAUACCUCAGCGUUUGUAACGUUACAUAGGAAAGAGAACAGCCCUUUCGUGCUCAGGGCCAUGGCGGAGAGUAAGCUGCCUGUGGGAUGCUCCGUAAUUUCGUAUAAACACUAUUUGGACAGGAAAUCCCAGAACGCCACGUUGUCUGCGGAAGUUCCAGACUUAUCGUCAAGAAAGCGGCUGAGUUCUGCUGUGGAGUGCAAUAGUUGCGAUUUUCCGUCUCCGAAGAAAAUCCGUAAAGAUGUUAAAAACGUAAAACUGAAUAAAGAGCAGUUUGUGGUAUCUGCAGACUGGGAUUAAAUGAUGAAAA